UCAAUUAUUGAUUAAAUAAAUUUUUUUUGUGGACGCAGACUCACGCAGUCGCCGGAGCUGUUCCUUUCUCUCUCUUCCUUCUCCUCGCCUUCUCUCUCUCUCUCCCCCCGUCCUCUUUCUCCUCAUUCUCCUUCUUCUUCCCGGGCGCGGCGUUCUCGGCUCUCCAAGCUCGCUGAUUGCUUCCAGAUCCUACUGGUCAACGAGGAGCUCAACUCUCUGCUUUGCCUCGGGAGCUUCAGCGCCGCCGGCCGUCAGCUCCGAGUUCCGAGGACUCAGCUGCUUUGCCCCGUGCUUGUUCCUGCUCGAGCGAAACUCGGAAUGCUGUUUUUGUAGGCAGUGCAGGUGAGGAUCUCGGUUUCGGAGUGUUCUCUGUCGAACCGGAGCUGCGAGUUCCACUGAGUCAACCCCGAGCGGCGACGUGCUCGGGAUCCGGACCAACAUGGAGGCGGAGACGCGGACUCGGAUCGAUGAAGAUGCUGAUUCCAGCGGCUACUACUUGCAGAAAUUCAGGCUCUACGAGACUCACUCGAACUUUUAUAUGAUUGGGAGAGAUAAAAACAGGAGCUUCUGGAGAGUGUUGAAGAUCGACAGAUCAGAACCUUCAGAGCUAAAUAUUCUUGAAGAUCCCACCACAUACACAGAACACGAGUGCUGUGAGCUGCUCAAACGAAUUGAUGAAGGAAACCUCUCCACCGGUGGUCUUAAAUUUGUGACUACAUGUUAUGGCAUUAUCGGGUUCAUCAAAUUUUUGGGGCCUCAUUACAUGCUCAUUAUUACGAAGAGAAGGAAGAUUGGGGCUAUCUGUGGCCAUGCAAUAUAUUCCAUUACCAAGAGCGAAAUGAUCCAAAUUCCGAAUUCUCAUAUGCAGUCCAAUAUGGCUUUUACUAAGAAUGAAAACAGAUACAAGAAGCUUCUGUGCACUGUGGAUCUCACUAAGGACUUCUUCUUCAGUUACUCAUAUAAUGUUAUGCAAAGUCUCCAGAAGAAUCUGUACAACUAUGAAUCUGGACCAGUACUAUACGAAACAAUGUUCGUCUGGAAUGAGUACUUGACUCGUGGGAUCCGAAAUAACCUAAAGAAUACUCUGUGGACAGUUGCAUUAGUAUAUGGCUUCUUUAAACAGGUGAAACUUGCAUCCUCUGGCAGGGAAUUUAGGCUAACCCUCAUAGCUAGACGGUCUCGUCAUUAUGCUGGCACCAGGUAUCUGAAAAGGGGAGUCAAUGAGAAGGGUAGAGUUGCUAAUGACGUGGAGACUGAGCAAAUUGUGUUUGAAGAUGUACCAGAAGGCUGCCCCGUGCAAAUAAGUUCCAUUGUACAAAACCGGGGUUCAAUCCCCCUUCUCUGGUCUCAGGAGACUUCGCGUUUGAAUCUUAAACCUGACAUAAUAUUAUCAAAGAAGGAUCCCAACUAUGAAGCCACAAAACUUCACUUUGAGAAUUUGGUCAAGAGAUAUGGAAAUCCAAUAAUCAUACUGAACUUGAUCAAGACGCAUGAAAGGAAGCCUCGGGAAAGCAUUCUACGGGCAGAAUUUGCAAAUGCUAUAAGAUUUAUCAAUAAAAGUCUACCCGAAGAGAAUCGCCUGAGAUUCUUGCAUUGGGAUCUGCAUAAGCACUUCAGAAACAAAGCUACCAACGUAUUGGCACUUCUCAUCAAAGUGGGUGUGUACGCGGUGAACUUAACAGGAAUAUUCUAUUGUCAAGUUCCAGCAAAUUUAAAGAUUGAUGGGUCCGUGAUCACAUCCUACGUUGAGAAUAGUGAUUAUGGAGACUCUGGUUCUCAUCAUUUCUCCAACAACAGCGAUGAUGGGGACAGCUUGGAAAGUGAGGUCAGUAGCAUCGGUGGUAACCCAAAGGUUAAGCUGCCAAUGUUUCAAAAAGGGGUUCUGAGGACUAACUGCAUAGACUGUCUGGAUCGUACAAAUGUUGCCCAAUAUGCGUAUGGGUUGGUUGCUCUGGGGAGGCAGCUACAUACUCUAGGAUUACUGGAAUCUGAAAAUAUAGAUUUAGAUAACUUAUUGGCAGAGGAUCUGAUGAGCAUAUAUGAAAUGAUGGGAGAUACGCUUGCCCUGCAGUAUGGUGGCUCUGCUGCACACAACAAGAUUUUUUCCGAGAGACGGGGUCAGUGGAAGGCCGCAACUCAAUCCCAAGAGUUCUUUAGAACUCUACAGCGGUACUACAGCAAUGCCUACAUCGAUGGUGAAAAACAGGAUGCCAUUAAUGUGUUCUUGGGCUACUUUCAGCCACAGCAAGGUAAACCUGCUCUAUGGGAACUGGACUCAGACCAGCACCACAAUGUAGGCAGACGGUCUGGUUAUGCUGACAAGAGUGCUAGGUCAUUUAUGAAGAGAUCAUUCUCUGAUGGAAACAUUCUCUCUGAAAGUGACGCUCAUUUAACAACCAAAAACUUAGUCCCAAAUCAGUCACUCUCUGCUGGAAAAGCACAAGGGGCUAACAAAGGUCUCUCAGAGUCUACCCCAGCAAUAGCUUGCGAUAAUGAAAUAUCCGAUUACAGGUGUAGUUACCAGCCGCUAAUAAAGGAUGUCCAAGAGGAUCAAUGUCUUGAAAGCGAUUACAUUUGUUACGAUAGACAUGGGGACUCGUGCAACUGUUCAAAUUUUCUGGACGUGGACUGGCUUUCUUCAUCAGGAAACUCAUGUGACGAAGACAUAUAUGAAAGGUCAUCCAUCACUGGCCUGUCGCUGGAUGGUGUGAACAGACUAAAAGGCGAACUGGCCAGAUCGUCAAGCAAGGUUGGAUCCAGCAUGAAGGGAAAGGAACAUGAAACCAUCCCUGACGAUCCCCUUGCUGAUUAUUCCGAAAACUUCAUCCGCUGGGUGAACAACGGGGUGAUGCUGCUCAAUUGAGAUCCGAAACUCGCCGAGACUGAUAUUCACCACAUUCUGAUCUAAUUCCGACCCAUCCGAAGGAUUGGGUUGAUCAAAUGACGGGAAAGAUACGGUAAGAGAAAUAUAUACCGAAAAAUGAGAAAAACCCGCCAGUCUAUUUUAGCUGAAAUAAGCUUCCCGCCCUCCCAAAAAUAAAGCACUGUCAGUCGUAUGUAAAUAUGCAGAGCAUUUGUUCAUGGUUUUAGAAGUCUCAGGGGCCGAAAUAAGUUUAGCCAAUUCUUUAUGGAUCUUCUCCUCCCAAUUUUGUAAAUAUCUAUUUAUUUAUGGGCCCUUUGGAGCUUCUCAAGUCUAUAUUCUUUCAUGUUCUACUUUUA